AUGAAGAAGAGGAAUGUAUUGGCAAGCCUGCUGCCUCUGGUGGCUGCGGACAGCGAUGCUGCCAACUCGCAGAUCCGAAUCGCCUACCACGGCGACGAUGGAAUGAUGGUCAGCUGGAACACGUUUGACCAUGUUCGUCAUCCAAGCGUCUUCUGGGGUAGGUCAAAGGAGCACCUCACCAAUGUCGCAUCUUCGGCCGUGUCUGUCACUUAUCCCACCUCGACAACUUACAACAACCACGUCUUGAUCAAGGAACUGAAGCCGGACACCACCUACUACUACCUGCCUGCGCAAUUAAACGAGGAUGUGUGCUAUGAGCCAUUCAACUUCACCACCAGCCGCAGGGUUGGUGAUAAGACGCCCUUUUCCGUUGCCGUUGUCGCCGACUUGGGCACCAUGGGCUCAAAGGGACUGUAUACUUCAGCCGGAACGGGUGUUGCGCCCACCAACGUCCUGAAGCCUGGUGAGAAGAACACGGUCGACUCUCUCAUCAGCACCAUGGGCGACUAUGAGUUCCUGUGGCACGUCGGAGACAUUGCAUAUGCCGACUACUGGCUGAAGGAGGAGAUUCAGGGAUUCCUGCCCAACACCACCGUCGAAGAGGGAUACAAGGUUUACGAGGCCAUCUUGAACGAUUUCUACAACGAAAUGAUGCCCGUGACUGCUUCCAAGGCCUACAUGGUUGGGCCUGGUAACCACGAGGCCAACUGCGACAACGGAGGCACCGCUGACAAGGCGCACAACAUCACCUACGAUCUCAGCAUCUGCAUGCCUGGACAGACCAACUUCACCGGUUUCAAGAACCACUUCCGCAUGCCCAGCGAUGUUUCUCGGGGCACUGGAAACUUUUGGUACAGCUGGAACAGCGGCAUGGCUCACUUUAUCCAGCUCGACACUGAGACUGAUCUUGGCCACGGCUUUAUUGGCCCCGACGAGAUUGGGGGCACUGAGGGUGAGGGCGCCAGCCCCGUCAACGCAAAGAUGAACGCUCAAGUCAACUGGCUUGAGGCUGAUCUCAAGUCGAUCGACCGCAGUGUCACUCCCUGGGUCAUCGUUGGUGGCCAUCGCCCCUGGUAUCUCAGCCACGCAAACGUCACUGGCACCAUCUGCUGGAGCUGCAAAGACGUUUUCGAGCCUCUCUUCAUCAAGUAUGGCGUUGAUCUUGUUCUGUCUGGUCACGCCCACGUCUACGAGCGCCUGGCUCCUAUCGCCGACCAGAAGAUUGACCCCAAGGGAUUGAACAACCCGACCUCUCCUUGGUACAUCACCAACGGAGCUGCUGGUCAUUACGACGGAUUGGAUAUUAUCCAGAGCCCCCGCCAGGAGUACAGCCGAUUUGGCCUUGAUACUACGAAUGCUACCUAUGGAUGGAGCAAGCUGACAUUCCACAACGCUACACACUUGACGCACGACUUUAUUGCUAGCAACAACAAUACAGUCCUCGACUCUGCGACUCUGUACAAGAGUCACAAGACCGCUGAUGGCGGUCACCACCACGGAUGGUAG